ACUCCUCCCCUUCCUCUCCUCGUCGUGCUUCUCCUCCCUUUCGCUUCUUCCCCCCAAACUCACCAAGCCACACCACACGCGCGCGCGCGCUCGACAUCCCAGCAACACUCCUCAUGCCUUGUACCCUCCGCAUGCCGAGUCACCGCAUGGCCGCCGCUCCCCCGCAGCCGUGACGAGGCUCCCCCCUCUUCCUGUGUCAUCCGUCCCCGCCCUUGGUUCUUGAUUCGCCUCGUGCCUCUUAAUCGCUCUCCUUGAUUUGCCAUGCCGCCGUUACGCGGGGCCAAGCGCCGUAGGAAGGCGGCGGCGGAGAAGAAGACCGCGGCAAUGGCCGCCGCCGCCGCGGCGGGCGCGGACGGCGCGCCCGGCAACUGGUGGGACGGCUUCUGCAUGCGGAUGGCAGGAACCUUAUCUUCCAUCGAGGACGCACAAAGAUUUGAGUAUGUCUUCAAAAUGCCAAGAAGAACCUUCAACUAUGUCUGCAGCUUAGUGAAAGAUGAAAUGAUGGUGAAGUCCAGCAGCUACACCUUUCUUGAUGGGACAGUGCUGUCUUUAGAAGAUAGAGUGGCCAUUGCUCUCCGAAGGUUGAACUCUGGUGGGUCACUGGUGACUGUAGGAUCCUCUAUUGGUGUGAACCACUCAACUGUCUCGCUGAUAACUUGGAGGUUCAUUGAGGCUAUGGAGGAGCGAGGAAGCCACCACUUGCACUGGCCAAACUCUGGCGAAAUGGAGAAGAUCAAAUCCAAGUUUGAGAAGAUCCAUAGUCUGCCAAACUGCUGUGGUGUUGUAGAUACGACACACAUCACAAUGUGCCUUUCUUCAGCUGAACCGAACUGCAAGGUCUGGCUCGACCACGAGAAGAAUUACAGCAUGAUCUUGCAAGCUGUUGUCGAUCUGGAUAUGAGGUUCACAGACAUUGUGACUGGAUGGCCUGGCAGCAUGAAAGAGUCGAGCAUUUUGCACAGCUCUGGUCUUUUCAAGCUGUGCGAGAAAGAUGAACGGCUGAAUGGAAGCAAGCUGAAGUUAUCAGAUGGAUCAGAAAUUGGGGAAUACAUGAUUGGCGAUGCAGGGUACCCCCUUCUACCCUGGCUCCUCACACCUUACCCUGAAAAGGACCUCACUGAGUCCAAAACCGAGUUCAACAGGAGACACUCUGCAGCAAGAGCAGUCGCUCCGAGGACAUUGGCGAAGUUCAAGGACACAUGGAAGUUCCUGCAGGGGGAGAUGUGGCGCCCUGACAAGCAUAAGCUGCCCCGGAUAAUCCAUGUGUGUUGCUUGCUGCACAACAUAGUAAUAGACCUCCAGGAUUCAGCCAUGGAGGAGGCACACACGUCGAGCGACCACGACAUGAAAUACAGGCAGCAGGUGUGCCAGCUAGCGGAUGAGAAUAGUGUCAGGGUGAGGGACAAACUGUCCCAGCACUUGACCAGCAGGUGACAAAGAGGAGAAUAGCUUGUGCGUCUAUGAAGAGAAGUGUACCGUACUGCUUGUUUCGUCUGUUGCCGGCAGCUCUGAAUCUUUUUGGAUGUUCAGUUUUGCAGAGUUGUAUGAGAGGACGAGGGCAUCGGUCGUGACUAAUGAAACUCACUGUAAUCUUCUUAGUGCUGUGGCCCGCAAUUCAAUCUGGCUCGUUUGGUUUAUCAUGUUGGUAGUGCUGAAAACGGCAUGACUGCUUUUGAAAAACUUUGGGUGAAAAUGCUGCCAUCUUAUACUGGAAA